AUGUCUGCGUCCCUAGCAGCGGCCACGCGGCGCCCCGUCGCGCGCAUUGACACGAGAUGCAUCCGCGACGCGCGCCUGGCGUCAUCCUCCCGCGCGUCCACGUCCACGCGACCGCCGCCGCGUACCCCAUCGAUCGUCGCCAAGGUGCAUCGCCCGAAUCAUCCGAUCCAACCGUCGGCCGAUGAUGACGUCGGCAGGAGCCGCCGCGACGUCCUCGCGAUCGCCGCGCUCUUCACGCAGUGCGCGGUGGGCACCCCGCUCGCAUUCGCGGCGGCGGAUGACGACGAUGACCUCGACGAGGAGGCCGCGCAGGCCGCCAUCGAGGCCUCCAUGAAGGACGUCCUCUCCAAGAACUCCGGCGAGGUGUCCUACCCGAGACGCGCGGCGUUCGACGGCGCGUUCGGCGUCGACGGCGUCAAGGCCGCGUCCUUCGAGGUCUCCAACCUGUGGACCGUCGCACCCGUCGUCCAGGACGUCACGGGCGAGAGCGGAUUCCCGGCGAUGGCGCGGUGGGGCGAGAUCGUGGACCCGGUGAACGGCAAGGUGGCGGUGGAGGCGAGGGUCUUCGUCACCAAAGGGUUCGCGAAGCCGUCCAUCGCGGACCUCGGAAAGCCCGAGAACGUGCCCGUCGCCAAGGCGCUCGGCCUCGACAAGUACGACGACUCCUACAGGCGCGCGGACAUGCUCGGCAGCUACAAGCGCGUCGACGUCACCGACGGCGACAGGGUCUACUACGACUGGGAGAUGGUCGCGUCGCCGCCGCCGAAGGAGUGCCCAUCCGCCGUGGGAUGCCUGUACCCGCAGCACAUCUACCUCAUGUCCGCCACGGUCGUCGACGGGGACCUGUACGUCCUCUCGCUGGACGCGUACCCGGAGAACUGGCGGCUGGCGGGCAACUCGCUCAAGCGCAUCCGUAACUCUUUCAGGGUCGCCGCGCCGGAGAUCGUCGAGCCCGUCGAUCCCAACGAGGUCAUGCUCGGCGAGGUCCCGGUGGGCGCCAUGUCGUGA